AUGGGCGUCUUACUCGAGACGGUAUUAGCAUUCGGCCUGUUGGCCAGCUCGGCCUCUGGCAUGAACUAUACCGAGCCGUACCGCCCUCAAUACCAUUUCUCGCCCAAACAAGGCUGGAUGAAUGAUCCCAGUGGUCUGUUAUACCAUGAAGGCACCUAUCACCUCUUUUUUCAAUAUAAUCCGGGCGGAAUCGAAUGGGGAAAUAUGUCGUGGGGCCAUGCAACAAGCGAAGACUUGACCCAUUGGGAGGAACAGCCCGUCGCGUUACUUGCGCGGGGCUAUCCUUAUACUGUGACGGAGAUGUUCUUCACUGGGAGUGCUGUUGCAGAUGUCAAUAACACCAGUGGGUUCGGCAUCGACGGGAAGACCCCCCUGGUUGCUAUGUAUACUUCCAUGGUAAGUCUACAGGACCAUCCCAUCCUAUACUCCUAUCAUAUCCAAGAAUUACUCUCACAAUACCAAACACAGUAUCCUCUAAGUCAAACAUUACCCAGUGGUAAAGAAGUCCUCGCAGAACAACAAUCCCAAUCCGUCGCCUACAGUCUAGACAACGGCAAGACCUGGACAACAUAUGACGCCGCCAACCCAGUUAUCCAUAAUCCGCCAGCGCCCUACGAAACCGAGUACGAAAACUUCCGAGACCCAUUCGUAUUCUGGCACGAGGAAACCCAGAAAUGGAUCGCAGUGACAGCGCUCUCCAAACUCCACAAACUCCUCCUCUGGAGCUCCCCCAAUCUCAAAGACUGGUCACCACUCAGUACAUUCGGACCCAGCAACGCAGUCAGCGGCGUAUGGGAGUGCCCAAAUCUUUACCCUCUCCCUCUUUUCAACCCCAACGACCAAGACUCCUACUCCUCAAAAUGGAUCAUGGUCGUAGGCCUUAACCCCGGCGGACCCCCCGGCACAGUCGGAUCUGGCACACAGUAUUUCAUCGGAGAAUUCGACGGUACGACAUUCACCCCGGAUCCAAGCAAUGUCCACCCAGACAAUGAAACCGCCAAUUGGCUCGAUUGGGGCCCGGACUUUUAUGCGGCCGCUAGUUUCAACGGUCUACCGGACGGCGAGAGAGUCCACCUUGCUUGGAUGAAUAACUGGCAGUACGGCGCUGCGAUACCGACUGAUCCGUGGCGAAGUGCGAUGACUCUUCCGCGUCGACUAUCUUUGGAGAUGGUUGGCGAGGAGAUCGAGCUUCUCCAGCGGCCGCAUGGGAAUCUGCAAAGUAUCACGGGCCACAGCCUUGUAUCGCAUUCCUGGCACUCUGUAUCGAAGGGGUCGGUGAAUCUCGGUUCGCUGGGCAAGGCAUUCCGUGUUGCUUUGAGCUUUGCGGAUCAUGAUGCUGGCGGUUCUCGGGCUUCUGCGUUUGCGAUUUCUGUACGUGCUACGUCGGAUUUUGGGCAGCAGACGCUUGUUGGGUAUAAUUUUACUAGUAAGGAGGUUUUUGUGGAUCGGCGGGGGUCCGGGGAUGUUGCUUUUGAUGGGACUUUUGGGAGUCUUUACCAUACGCCUUUGGCGGCGGAUUCUGAUGGGCGGGUGAAUCUGCAGAUUUUUGUCGACUGGUCAAGUGUUGAGGUUCUUGGAGGGAGGGGAGAGGUUUCGUUGACUGCGCAGAUUUUCCCUGAUGCAGACUCUACUCAUGCUCGGCUUGUUUCGGUGGAGGGUAGCACUGCAGAUGUUGAAAUUCGGGCUCAUAGAGUCGGUUCGGAGUGA